AUGGAUUUUGUGCGAGAAAGUGGCGGUGUUGCGGGGUCGGUGCUAAUCACGACACGGUUUGUGUGGCCUUAUGGGGGAAGAAGCGUGUUUCUCAGUGGCUCAUUUACUGGGUUUUCGGAGCAUUGGCCGAUGACGCCUGUUGAAGGCUGCCCUACAGUAUUUCAGACUAUUUGCAGCUUACCACCGGGCUACCAUCAGACAAAACAUGGAACAACUUUUGUGGGCACUUAUGGAAGUGGAAAUGCUCUGCUGGAUGACAAGUGGGUUUUCAUUCAGUUGCUAGAGAGCAGGACAAAACAUGGAACAACUUUUGUGGGCACUUAUGGAAGUGGAAAUGCUCUGCUGGAUGACAAGUGGGUUUUCAUUCAGUUGCUAGAGAGCAGGUACAAGUUUAUUGUUGAUGGGGAGUGGCGACAUGAUGAGCACCAACCCUUUGUGAGUAGUAACUUCGGAAUAGUGAACACUGUCCUCUUGGCUAGGGAACUUCCUGGUUCUAACAUGGAUGUGGAUAAUGAGGCCUUUCAGCGUCUGUACAAGUUUAUUGUUGAUGGGGAGUGGCGACAUGAUGAGCACCAACCCUUUGUGAGUAGUAACUUCGGAAUAGUGAACACUGUCCUCUUGGCUAGGGAACUUCCUGGUUCUAACAUGGAUGUGGAUAAUGAGGCCUUUCAGCGUCUGGUCAGAGUUUCAGAUGGGGCAUUGCUUGACAGCUUGCCGAGGAUGUCAGAAGCCGAUCUAGCGGUCUCUCGUGAACGUGUCUCUGUAUUCCUAUCUUCACAUAUGGCUUAUGAGUUGCUUCCUGAGUCAGGCAAGGUCGUUGCCUUAGACAUUGAGUUACCCGUAAAGCAGGCAUUUCAUAUUUUGCAUGAGCAGGGAAUUCCUACAGCUCCACUUUGGGACUUCUGCAAGGGGCAGUUUGUUGGAGUUCUUAGUGCAUUGGAUUUUAUCUUAAUUAUGCGAGAGCUUGGUAAUAAUGGGUCCAAUCUGACAGAGGAAGAGCUUGAGACACACACUAUAUCUGCUUGGAAAGAGGCAAAAUUAUUUCUGAAUAGACAAGUUAAUGAGCAUGGGAGAGACUUUCCGAGACGACUUAUCCAUGCUGGACCAGAUGAGAAUUUGAAAGAUGUUCUUUUAAAGUUUCUGCAAAAUGGCGUGUCUACAGUUCCUGUUAUUCAUUCAUCUUCGGAGGAUGGCUCAUUUCCGCAACUAUUGCAUGUUGCUUCGCUUUCUGAAAUACUUAAAUGUGUUUGCAGGUAUUUUAGACAUUCUUCUGCCUCAUUGCCCAUACUUCAACUACCGAUAUGUGCAAUUCCUUUGGGUACUUGGGUUCCAAAAAUCAGGGAGCCAAAUCGACAUACCUUGGCGAUGUUAAGACCAAGCGCUUCUCUUAAUGCAGCAUUGAAUUUAUUAGUUCAAGCUCAAGUUAGUUCAAUACCAAUAGUUGAUGACAAUGACUCAUUAUUGGAUAUAUAUUCUCGAAGUGAUAUCACAGCUUUGGCAAAAGACAAACUUUAUGCACAUAUUAAUCUUGAAGAGAUGAGUAUUCAUCAGGCAUUGCAACUGGGCCAAGAUCCAGUCUUUCCUUAUGGGUUCAGCAGCCAAAGAUGUCACAUGUGUUUGCGCUCGGAUCCUCUGCAUAAAGUGAUGGAGCGAUUGGCUAAACCAGGGGUUAGACGACUUGUCAUUGUGGAGGCUGGAAGUAACCGUGUAGAAGGUAUUAUCUCACUGAGUGACGUUUUCAGGUUCCUUCUUGGUUAGUUUGAGCAACUGGUACUGGGGUACUUGUGAUGGCAUUUUGCGCCCCCCCCCACAUACAUCACCUGAAACACCAUUGCAGUACCCUGCGUAGGAAGUGUCUUGUCCAAGGCGAUUUGAUCUCGAUUCUUUCAGCAACUACACCAUUGGUUGGCCUCACCAUUUAUGGCCUGGUUUUUACGAUAUUGAGGGCUCAAGUAAGAGGCAUGUAAAUUUAAGGAUUGGGGUAUGGCCUAAUGUCUGUCGGUCUUCCCCCUACCAUAUUAUUUUCAAGUACAUUUUACGGUAGCCACCAUUUUUAUGAAAAAAGCAUGAACAAGUUAACAAUUCUAUGCUGCUGCUGACAAAAUUGGAAUAAAAAUUCGGAGGUUGUUCGGUGAUUCAGAGAUUUUAUAUGAUUUGUAAUUCAUUCUCUUGCUUUUGGAUUUG